UUUGCUGCCUGACAGUAGAAAGCUACGAUCCUGAUUUUAUGGUUUUGUUUCUUCGUUUUUUUAUUUUGUGAUAAAGUGUUUUUUUUUUUUGCUGUUAGUUUUAAGACGAUGGAAAAAGUGGUCCUCAGUAAAGCCCAGGUGUUUUUAUCUAAAGCGUCGUUUUUUUAUAAGGACAUUUGUCCAGAACAGGCGCGUUUCCUCAUGCAGAAACAGCAGAUGAAUGGCCCUGCACUGCCAGACACGACGCUUUGCCCGUUCUGCUUUCAGUGGCGUCGGCCUGGAGAGUACCGCGUGCGAUUACAGCCCAAACCCAGACCUUCGGUGCGGAUCAAGAGGCUGCUCAGGAGGGAAAAGUCCCACAAGAGGCUCAGUUCACAGGAAAUCAAACUGCUUCAGAGGUUCAGAAGGGCUUCCUCCAUUUUGAUGGCAACCCGUCACAUUUGUAAUAAGACAUCCAGGCAAGUUGGGAUGAACAGGGAAUUUCUGGGGACUUGUCCAAAGAACACCCCAGUGAGCAUGUCAAAAUGUAGGACUCCUCAGUCUGCUAACAAGUCGACACCUAAGCCCAACUUCCAUGACAAAACGCCAAGCAGAACACCGGUGGCUCGACCAUCUGAAGCUUCCAGCUCCUCAAAGUCAGGCAGUGGGAAAAAAUCUGCUUUCUCACGUCUUAAGAAACUUCUGAUGCUCGACGACAGCCAGAAGAGUAAGAAAGGCGGCCUGAAAGACUUCCUCACGUCUCUUUAAGAACCGUGUGGGCCACAGAACCCAGAGACCCCACACCACCAUGGUCUAGCCUGAUUUCAUUUAGAACAACAGGCUUAAGAGGGAAAAGGAGCUGAUGUUUGGCUGUACUCACUUUAGUUCACACUAUAGCGACACCUGCUGGAUGACUCAGUGAUGCCUGCUUUACAAAAGUGAAGUUCUUGUAUCUUCCCUGUCUUCCAUCACAGUCCCUGUCCUGAUGGACGAGGACUAGAAGAGACCCGGCUGCCUUUUUAUCAGUACAGUUUUUCCCCAGGCUGUAAAUGCUUCAUCUACAAUAAAUAAAUGUUAUUCAUUCCUGUCACUGUUGUGAUGACAGGUGUGUGUUUCCCCCAUUUUUUUGUUUUGUAUAUUUCGUCUCAGAGAAUUGAAAGAUUAAUCAGAAAGAGAAAGGGCGGAUUGUCAUGGUUUUUUUUUAUUUUAUAUAUAUUAUAUGAGAGAGAGACAUUUUGGAGUUUACACAAUUCUCUUAAGUAGAUCACUUUUUGUAUCUUCUAUUCUUUUGUAACAACACUGUUUUUGUAUACUUGAGGUUCACAUACUGGUCAGUUGUAAUGUAGUGUUUAAGGGCUGUUAGUGGUUUCACACUAAAGGUUUACAAUUGUUGGACUGACCAAAUAUGUGUUACUGUAGCCACUUUAAGAUUCAAUGACAAAUGAAUGCAACGUGUAUGCAGACUUCACUUAUUUUCAAUAAAUCACCUGUUAAACAAU